AUGACCCAAGUAACCAAGUCUUUUGAGGAGCACAACCUCAUCCCGGACGUCCUGCCGGCCGGGACUCAAGUUCCGCACAACCUGGGAAUCCACUGGCCCAAGGUGAAUCUUCGAGCCCCUGGAGACCGGCUACACAGAGACGAGUUACAGGAGACUCCGACAAUAACGACUGAUCUCAAGCCAUCAGAAGAUGCAGACACACAAGAAUACGUUCUUCUGAUGGUCGACCCAGACCUGACCCACUACAACGACCGCACCUUUGGUCAGGUGCGCCACUGGCUGGUGCCCAAGGUGAAGGUGACCAAGGACGGCAACGUGACCAUCAACCAGGCGGCCACCAUCUCGCCCUACGUCGGCCCCGCACCACUGGCUGCGCACCUCGUCGUCGGCGAGUCCCGCCCCAGCCGCUACACCUUCCUGCUGUUCAAGCACAAGACCGCCGGUCCGCCCGCCGUACUAGACCCGGACACGCUGAAGGCGCACUACGAGGGCAACCCGGGCCAGUUUGGAGGCGAGAUGCAAAACAUCAUUGACCGCAUGGGCUUCGACACGGCUGUGUUUAUGGCAAAGAAUGGGCUGGAGGUCGUGGCGGGGACGUUUAUGUUUGUCGAAGGUAACGUCAAGAGCAGCUUGGCUAAUGCAGGCCUAUUGGCUACUGGGGUGGCGCAAAAGGUGGCAGGGCAGUAA